AUGAUAACAAGUUCGUAUUUUCACGGCGACGAUCAAGUUUCUUCGCCGGCGAGGUCAGAGAUCGUUCUUCCGGGUCGAAUCGAAACCGUUCUGGAGAAAAUCUACACCAAACACAAGUGUUCUCCGAUAAGUGACGAGUCAAGGCAGAGACUUUCUUUGAUUCCAGAGGAACUAGCUUUUGAUUUGCUCCGGAGAGGUUAUAACUCGCCGGCGGUGAUUUACGACCUCGACGGUUGGAUCGUGACUAAGAUUAACCAAGCCGGUACUGUUACUGGCUCUCCACGGCUGAGCUCCGGUGGUUCUCCGGCCAAGUCUCCGACUUCCUCUGUAAGGGUUUAUCAAGAAGAGAUGUCUGUUGAUUCUGAAGCACCUUCUCCAAAGUCUUCGAUAAGAGAAAUCAAUGGAGGAUCUCUGCACAUUCCUCAGCUCUUAGCUUUGGGUGAACUUGAGUUUAAGAAGGCGUUUCUGUUGCUUAGCUAUAUUCCAGGGAAUCACCUGAGUAGUGUUACAACUGUAGAUGAAAUCAGACAGUUGAAGGAUUUGCCUAUGGUUGCAUAUGAAGCAGCGGUUUGGGAGCGCUUUGGUCGGCGUUAUUGUUCGCCAACAGAACGAAGAUCACUUGGAUUGGAUAGCGGGAAGACUCAUUACUAUCAAUGUCAUGUCGCUUUGGACGGUAGUUACACAUUCAAGGGACCUCUUCUUGAACACACUGCAACACACCUGCACAAGGUCUUGGGUGAUGAAAAUGUUUUGACGGUCAAAUUUGCGGAUGUCCCCAAAAACUCGUCAACCUAUUGUAAGGACCGUGAUUUUACAUACAAAGAGAUUGCCAAGAAUGGAAUCAUGGUUGGUUUACGUCGUUAUCAAUUUUUUGUUUUCAAAGAUGGAGGGAAAGAAGAGAAAAAGAAAGAUUUUUCUACAAUGGGAGUGAAAUGCUACUUCAUACGAACGGACUCUACAAUGGCGAAUGAUAUGGGAAAUCCCUAUAUCUUUUCGGGGAAGUCAAUCCAUGAAGCUCGUAUGCAUUUUAUGCACGUGCAUACAUUGCCGUCUUUGGCCAACUAUAUGGCAAGGUUUUCUUUAAUUCUGUCAAAGACUAAGAAGCUUGAAAUUGACAGGAGGACUGGGAUUAUCGUCGAGAUAAUCGAUGAAAUACACUGCCAUGAUCAAUAUGGUAAUGAUGUUCUUGAUAAGAAUGGGAAACCUUGUAUACAUUCAGAUGGCACUGGCUAUAUCUCCGAGGACCUUGCUCGGUUGUGUCCAGUAAAUAUAUACAAAGGGAAAUGUCUCAGAAUUGAUAAUAUCCAGGAAACCGGUAGCCAAGACCCGCCUCUUCUGAUCCAGUUUCGGAUGUUUCAUUAUGGCUAUGCUAUUAAGGGAACUUUUCUCCUAAACAAGAAACUUCCUCCUCGGACUGUACAGGUUCGACCUUCUAUGAUCAAGGUAUCUAAAGAUUCAGACUUGUCAAAUUUUAGCACCUUUAACGCCCUGGAGGUAGUCACUACAAGUAAUCCACCAAAAAGAGUAAAGCUAUCAAGGAACUUGGUUGCACUGCUUAGCUAUGGAGGAAUCCCUGAUGACUUUUUUCUAGAUAUAUUGCUUAACACGCUGGAAGAGUCGAAAACCAUAUUCGACAACAAGCGUGCUGCGCUGAAGGCUGCCCUCAAUUAUGGGGAAAUGGACGACCAUAACGCUGCAGAAAUGAUUUUGGUUGGUAUCCCACUUGACGAACCACAUUUGAAGGAUCAUCUGUCUACUCUCUUAUAUACAGAGAAAAAUAAUCUCAAAGCAGGAAAGCUUCCUGUGAACGAAUCAUACUAUCUGAUGGGGACAGUGGAUCCCACCGGAGAACUAAAGGAAGAUGAAGUUUGUGUGAUCCUCGAGUCUGGCCAAAUUUCAGGGGAUGUACUGGUUUACAGGAAUCCUGGACUACAUUUUGGAGACAUACAUGUGCUUAAGGCUACAUAUGUUAAGACCUUGGAAGAGUAUGUCGGAAACUCCAAGUAUGCUGUGUUUUUCCCUCAGAAAGGUCCAAGAUCUUUGGGCGAUGAGAUUGCAGGUGGUGACUUUGAUGGUGAUAUGUAUUUCAUAUCCCGAAAUCCCGAGCUACUUGAACACUUCAAGCCAAGUGAACCGUGGGUGAGUUUGAGUCCUCCUAGUAAAAGUAACUCUGCUAGAAAACCAAACCAGUUUUCACCGGAAGAGUUGGAAAAAGAGCUUUUCGAUAUGUUCUUGAAGACAAGAUUUCAUGCCAGUAGUGUUAUAGGGAUGGCUGCAGAUAGCUGGUUAACAGUAAUGGACCGCUUCCUCACACUCGGAAAUGACAGAGCUGAGGAAAAAGCUGAAAUGAAAGAGAAAUUGCUAAAGCUGAUUGAUAUAUACUAUGAUGCUCUUGAUGCACCAAAGAAAGGGGUUAAGGUCGAUCUCCCGGAUGAGCUGAGGCCCGACAUUUUUCCACAUUACAUGGAGCGAGAUAAACAGUUCAAGUCCACUUCUAUUCUUGGAUUAAUAUAUGACUUUGUUGAAUCACAGACAACAGAGGAACCCUCAACAUCAACUGUGAUCGAUAAACUCCCGUGUUUCGAAGAUGGGCCGGUCUCUGAGUUUCAUAUGGAGAAAUGUAGACAGUGGUAUGACGAUUACAAGCGUGAUAUGAGCAAGGCGAUGAAUACCAAUGGGAUCAAUAAGGAUGAAUCAGCCAGUGAAGUUAUUCAGAGAUACAAGCAGGAGUUCUAUGGUGCCGCAGGGUUUGAAGACAGUAAGAAAAGUCUGGAAGAACUUUAUCCACCAGCCUUGGCACUUUACAACGUCGUUUACGAUUAUGCAAUCAACAUGAAAAACGUUCGUUAUUGCGGGUUUGUAUGGAAGGUUGCAGGACCGGUCCUAUGCAGAUUCUACCAUAAGAAAACGCAGGAGAAAUCUGUGAUGUGUUCGGUCUCUGUGCUUAAAGAGCUUUGGGGUUGA